AUGUACUUUUAUCCGUAUGUCUAUUGGCCAGACUACAGAUUUACUGCCCGACGCUACCUAGUUACCGACCCAAUUCCUGAUCCACUAUCGCUUGGCUAUCCCAGCUUUUGGUACCGUUAUAAGUGGUAUAUUGACUGGUUGAACCCAGAUUAUUGGAGGAAGUAUCGUGAUCCAAACUAUGAUCGCCCGUUAUGGAAUUAUUGGAAGCCAUGGCGAUAUGAUAGAAUUAACACUAAACGAGCUAUUCGAAUGUUUCGUGAAGGACUGAUCGAUUUUGAUACGUUAGAUCGAAACUGGAUUGUCCCUACAGCUCUUGAUCGAAAGGGAAAAGACUGGAAGGAUAUCUAUCUUCCGGCAGGACGAUACGGUGCACGUAGAUAUUUCUAUUCCUUCCAAGUUUAA